CAGCCACGGCGCCGAGCCCGGAGGGAGGCGGCACCAUGGAGCUGAAGAAGGACAGCAACGCCGUGGCCAUCGACAUGCUGCUCAUCGUGCACUCUGAGAAGCGGCGCGCGGCCCAAACCACGCAAUUGGACUCUCAAGAGGACCCGAGCGCGCUGCUGCAAAACCGAGGAGGACUCCAAGGUGUCAGAAAUGGAAUCCGGAAAUGGCAAGAAUUGGAAAGAAAUGGCUUUCAAGGAAACUUGUCAGAGAAGCAAUGCCUUCAGCAGCCUCAGGUCAUCACUUCCUAUGACAACCAAGGUACUCAGCUGACGGUGGAAAUCCACCCCCAAGAUGCCAUGCCCCAGCUACUCAAGAAGUUCUCUUUGGCGAAGCGUUUACAAGGUGACAAAAACGGAAACAUGAGACCCCGGCAGCCUGGAGGAAAAGAUGCCCAUGCCUACCCCUGGGACAGGUCCAGCUUGAAAUCUAUGCCCCUGGAUCUGCGGCACUUUGAGAAGCUUGAUGCCUCUGCUUCACAGGUAACGGUCAAGAGUGGCCUGGAUGAACUGGUGAGUGACUUGCUCCAGGAAGCCCACAGCGAUCUGGAAAAGGUCCGAGCCAUCUGGAUCUGGAUCUGCCACCACAUAGAGUACGAUGUUGAGGCCGCCCAAGAGAAGGACCGCCAAGCCUUCAAACCCACUGACAUCCUGAGGACCCAGAAGACCAACUGUGAUGGCUAUGCUGGCCUCUUUGAAAGAAUGUGCAGGAUCGCUGGUGUGCAGUGUGUCACCGUGCCUGGCUACUCCAAGGGCUUUGGCUACCAGACUGGACAAAGCUUCUCUGGAGAGUUCGACCACGCCUGGAAUGCUGUGUACCUUGAGGGCCGUUGGCACCUGCUGGACAGUACCUGGGGCAGUGGCCUGGUAGACACUACCACCUCCAAAUUUACCUUUCUCUACAACGAAUUCUACUUCCUCACCCACCCCGCCCUGUUCAUUGAGGACCAUUUCCCAGACAACAAAAACUGGCAACUGCUGAAGCCACCUCAGUCCCUGAGGCAAUUUGAGAACAACAUGUACCACAAGAGUGAAUUCUACAACAAGGGUAUGCUUAGUGCCCACCCAGAGACGCCCAUGAUCCGGACAGUGAAUGGGAAAGCCACGGUCACCAUCGAGAGCUGUGCCCCAACCCUGUUCAUGUUCAUGCUCAACGGCAAGCAGGAACACGGGCUCCUGAGCCUAAAGAAGAACGGGAUGAAGCUGGAGGUGUACCCUCCAACCAUGGGCACCCACAAGCUACAGAUCUUCGCCAAAGGCAACUCUGAAAUCUACAGCUCAAUACUGGAGUACACGCUCAAGUGCAACUUCGUGGACCUUUCUGGCCGGCUGCCCGCGGAGCUUCACCAGCCCGUGGGCCCCAGUUGGUUCUCGGAGCAGAUGGGCAUCACGAAGCCCUCCCACCCCGACCCCAUCAUCCACACCAGUGAUGGUCGCUGUUCCGUCAGCUUUGGCGUGGAGGAAGGCAUCAGCGUCCUGGCCUCCCUCCAUGGAGAUGACGGCCCCGUCACCGAGGAGACGCAACUGCGCUACAUCUUCCAGCUGAAGCGAGAGAAGAGGACAGAGCUGAAAGUCCAGCUUCCCCACGCGGGCAAGUUCGCCCUCAAAAUCUUUGUGAAGAAGAGGCAAGAACAAGGCAACUUCGUCUUUGUCUUCAACUACCUUCUGUGCUGCGCCAACACCAAGGUGAACUGGCCUAUGUUCCCCGAGAGCUUCGGCAACUGGGGGCAGGGCAAUGAGCUAUUGGAGCCCCUCUCUGGCGUCCUUCCCGCCAACCGCACCGUACCCUUCAAACUAAAGCUGCAUGGUAUCGCCAAAGCGCUGGUGAAAGGGCAGGACACGUGGCCCCUGACCCUUAACCCCGAGGGAUACUGGGAGGGCAGCUGCAGCACCACUGGCUGCCAAGAAGUCUACGUCAUGGUGCUAGAGAACGCUAACCACAACUUCUACUCCUACAUCCUGAAGUACAAAGUGAAUGACCAGUGAAGGGCUAUAUACCCGCACCCUCCCAGGGCCAAGGCCACCCCUGCCCAGGGAGGUCCCAAUCGGGAGCCUGGGACACCACUAAUCUGCAUGAAAAUACUUCUAGGCCUCUGCCUCAGUCUCCCUGCUCUGCCAAAGGCAUUGAGGAAUUUGUGCUGCUGAGGGCUUCGACUCAGUGCGAUUGUGGAUGAGGGGACAGAGGCAAAGGCCCUUUGGAAGAAAAAGGUGCUAUGUAAAUCCAAGGUAUUGUGAAGUGUACGCCCGCGCCCAUGCCUGCUCUUGUGUUAGGACCUUGCUGUAGAGUAGGGUGGGAGAACAGAUGUUGCCCGCCCUGGAAGCUUUUCACACAGUGCCUAGAGAAUGAUGCUUGAGUUUGAGUCUACCAGAGAGAUCAGUCACCCAAGAAAUAGUGUUUGUCCACUGCUUCUGGACCCCAGGGAAUGUGGGACCCGCUCGUCUUCCAUAUUCCUAGUGCCUCUUCAUUAGCCACUUCAUGUUCUUCAAGAGCUUGCGAGAAUGGAGAUGUGGAAAAGGAGCUAGCUGACCAUCAGCCAACUAGAGGCUCUUCUCCCCCAAUCCCUGUGAGUCUCUGGGAGGUGACAAGGGCAGAAAACAGCCUCGUGCACACAGGGAUGUCCUGGGUGGGGACCAGAGAUGGAGUGGUGUCUUUGGGAGUCCAGCAGCCCACAAGUAAGGGUGAGAGAUCCCCGAUUCAUGUGCUUACCAGAGUUCAGCCCAGAGCCUAGGGAUGCCCCCAGCCAGUUCCCUACAGGAAUCUCAUGUCUACAUGACCAGUCGGGAGCCUGGCUGAUGACCGUGAACCGAGACCUGAGUCCUAGGUAGGCAGGCAGACGAGUCCCAGAGAAACUUCAGCAGAACCAGGGACAGCAUAUGAUAAUAGAAUUCUGCUGCUUCGAGGACCCUUACAAGCAAAACUAGGCUGAAGGGAUCACCACGUGCCCCUGGAGAGAACGUUUGUGCCUGUCUCUGAGAAAGCCCUAUCAUAGCCAUUUCCCC